AUGCACGACGAUUAUUACGACGACAGCGACGACGAGGCUGCAACGCCUAGCGGGCGCAGCACGGCCACGGAGCUCAUUCUUGAGACAAGAUGCCGCAGCCAUCUGUUCGUGGAGGUCAAGGCUUUCGAUAGCUUCCGAAAUCGAGAUGUCAUCGGUCUUGGAGCAAACGAAGGUGACGGCGUUGCGGCGUUCUCCAAGGCGGCGUUUUCCAAGGCGGCGUUUUCCAAGGCGGCGUUCUCCAAGGCGGCGUUCUCCAAGGCGACGCACGGGUCGACGUCGGAGAUGCCUGGAAAGCCCCUCAACAUCAACGACCAAGAUCCUCUCCAGAUCGAGCGCCAGAUCCGCGCCGAAAGGAGAGCCAAGCGCCUCCAGCAGAAGAAGGAGCUAGAGGAGCGGCAUAAUGAGAGCGCGCAGGAUGUCUCGGACAAGCCGGAGCGGGCCGCCGAGCAAGCCGCCGAGCAGGGCCCCAGCAUCCCCGAGGAUGUGUCCGACAAUAGGCCCGACACGGUCCGGAUGCUGGCGCAAAACGCCCUCGCCGAGACUGGCAAGCUCGCCGGAAGGCCGCCCAUCGCCCAUCCUGAGGCGCCCACCGGAACCCUGGCGGAGGGCGACACGCCUAGUCCGCGGUACAUAUUCCUCUGGAAGAACGAGUCGAUUGGGUCUGUGAACACGUUCAAGGGUGAUUAG